CCAUAGCAGCAGAUUUCUUUUACUUUAAAAUUCCUUCCACGUCUCCGUAUGGGUUUGGCAAUCAUGUCAUGUCGUAACGUACAUGGCUACACUGCCAACGGGGCACCUUCGCUCCGAUCGAUGGCUCUCUGUCAACAAUGUACUUUCUUCUGAAAUAUUUAUGAAAUAACCCAACAAACGUACUAAUUACUUCUAAAACGCUAGAAAUAAGACUUAAAUACGUAUUUAUGUCGCUUCGUUUCAAAGUUGAUAGUGAAAGGUGACAAGUGAAAGUGCAGUGCAUGUCAGAGAGUGACUGGUAUUGUUGUAGCUAGCAUAUGCGUGCGGAUUCCUCGCGAAUGUUACGUAAUUAAAGGGCCAUGUCGUGGGCCAAGAAGCCGGGAGGGCCGCCCGGGGACCAGGCGGCCUUCAACCCUCAGCAAUUCAAUAACCAACAAAACAUGUAUCCGGGCUACGCAGGUGCGCCAGCACAACAGUGGCCUCAACAACAACAACAACAAAUUCCACCACAACAACCACAACAGCAACAAUACAAACAAUACCCCUUCCAACCGGAGUACCCUAACGCCAACCAGAUGUACCAGCAACCUUACAACCAGAACUACCCAGGCUACCAACCCCAACCUGGCUACCAAUACUACCCCAACCAACCCAACCAACCUCCGCAGGGCCACACAGACGCCUGGGAAGACAACUGGGACUGGGGCUGGGACGAAUCAGCCAAACAGGCCCAACUUGCUGCCCAAAACCAACCCCAAGCAUUCAAUAACGCAAAUGUCAUCGAAGAAAGCUUCGCUUCAACUGACACUUGGAACUGGUCCAUGGAGGAUAAGAAAGAGGAGAAACCUGCUGAGUCCCAAGAACUUAAACCUGAACCACCAAAAGAAGAUGUCAAGCUGAGCGAUAAGGAGGUGGUUAAGGAAAGGCUGCCGAACUUAGCGCUUGGAAAAAGAUUGAAUUCCGACUUAACACCUCAGUGGUCUAUCGAGUCCCAAAUGUCUCAGGAAUCCAGCGAUCCGCUCCACUCCGAAAGCACUUAUCGGAGCGAAAAUCAAUCUAGGAAUUCAACGAAAAGUAGCCCGGGGCAUAACGAUACAACUAACUUCAAUUUCCACGGGGAAGAGCUUAUGCCCCCGAUCGAUUGGCCUACGCCGACUGUUGAAGAGGUCGAGCGAAGGGACCGGAAAUCUGACGAGCUCGCUUGUUCGCUGCAAGAAAUGAGCAUCACUAAUGAUGAGACACAGGAGCGACACGAGGCGCCUUCGCCGUCAAGGUCCCCUGCCGCCAUACCCCCUCCUCCCGUCUCAAACUUACCACUACCACCUACAAACUUCCCGGCUUCAAGCCAGAACCCCUUUAAAAACACUGGUUCUUUCUCCCAUAAAAGCACUCCUAGUAAAUCCACCACGCCUAGUCAACCUUUCCCAGGGAUGACGGCCUUGAAUUCGCCGGCAGCGGUCAACAAAGUCCAACACAGAACUCCAGUAGGCUUUGGAGCGAAUCUGGAAACGACCCCGGACAAUUCAGAACGCCCAGACCAGCCUCAGGUGGCUUUCAGACCACUGCAAGUUCCACAGGUACCAGAUAAUUUGGAAGUCGCGCCGCAGAACGAUAGGAACGAGUAUUUGCAGACGGCGCAUCUGUCUACGGGUGAUUAUGAGAAUACCGACUUCAGUAGGGGCUUGCCGCCUCCCCCGGGGUUAAGGAGGAUGGUCGUGGGCCAACAGGAGUCUAAUUCUGACGAGCCCCCGCCAGGUUUAUCUCGCAUGGUGCCUGGACAGCAGACUGAAGCAGACAACUCCUACAACCAGCCCGACAACUACAUGGACAGACACAUAGACGGGCAGCCUACAGACGAGAAUCCCCGCCCUUACCGCCAAGCCGACGGUCAACAGACCCCCGACUACUCCCAACCACAAAGGACGCGACCUAUAGGCAGGAUGGUUCCCGGCGAACCGAGCAACGACGAAUACCCCCAAUACCAAGCCGGAUACAACGAGCACAGGGUCGUAACAGGCGUCGACCAUGAUUACCCGAACGCCGGACCUUCUGAUAUACGAGAGCAGAACGUGGACGGUUCAGACUAUACCGAACCACCUAGGAAUCCUUUCAACGUCCGCGGAAGCUCUAACGACGUGUCCUCCGAUUACAAUGGACCCCCAGAAGAACAACAACGGGAAGUCAUGAUGGAAGGCGAGAAUCUUCAGGAUCUAAGCGCCGUCGCGUCUUCUGAUCUAACUUAUACCAGAGAACACUUCGAUGGCGCUGAUACCAACGCAACAGAUCCAGGAUCGGACAGAAAGACGGACUUGUCCGAGAACGACCAUCAGGUGUCGAGCUCGCGACGUCAAUCUAUCAACAGGACGUCGGGAGACGAUUCGGAGCGAGAUAGAAUCAAAUCGAGCCCAAGGAGGGACAGAAAACUCAAGUCCUCGAGAGACAAGGACAGGGACGAUGGGAGAUACUCGAGAGACCGGAAGUAUGACAGAGAUGGGAGGCCCGUGAGGAGAGAGCGAGAUGAUAAGGAUAGGAGGGAGAGGAGAGAUGGGAGGGAAAGAGAGGCGAGUCCUGAGGGGAGGAAACAUCGCCGCGGCACGAGGAGUCGUCGGUAUGAGACGGAAGAUACGGAUUACUAUAGCGACAGGGAAAGAGAACGGAGACGUUACCGCGAAGGCUCGUACUCGUCCAAGCCUCCCCGUCCGGACGACUACCGUCGUUACGACGACCGCCAUCGCUACAACACGAUCGAGCGCGACCGUCGCUACGACGACGACGAGCGACGACGCUACGGACGCUACAGGGACAUUGACCCCAACCGCAAAUAUGGAAGCUUGAGACGGGACGAGGAUAGAAGAGUCGUGACAUUUUCGGGUGACGUCAAAGACCCCGAUAUAAAAGGCGACCCGUAUUCGUCUCCCUCCCGCGCGGAGUCCCGCGACGCGGGUCCCACCGACGACGAGUUGAACGAGACGCUCGCGUCGACAGAUUCCCGCCGUCGGUCUGACAAGGACAGAGAUCGCGACAGACAUAGGCGUCGGCACCGUACUGAUGCGUACUACGAUGGCUACGGCAGCGUAUACCAAGACCCUUACGCACUGCAGCGUCAACAAUACCAGUACUACGAGCACUUACGGCUCACUAACCCCACCCGCUACAUGGAGAUAUACAAGCAAAUCAUGGCCGGGCAACCGCCGCCACCCCCGCCCCCUGAAUAUCUGGCUGCGGCCAGCAAAAUUAACGCCAUGCAAGGCUACGGCCCUCUCGGCUACGACAACAGAGGCGUAGAGGGCGGCAGCGUACAUUCCGGCCGCUCGAGCGCCAACGGGCUGAAGGGAACUGACACGUACUAUGGGAGAUAUGACGCUUCGCUACGAGACGCGCCUUCGCUUCGCACCGACCUUUCGGACAGGGAGUUGAACACGGACGCUUCCUUGAACCUGCAUUUGGAAGAUUCCACGGUACGCUCCGAGAGGAUGACGCCGUUCAAGUUCUCUACGGCUCAUGUUAAGGGCAACAUCUCAUCCCGCCACAUAGUGGUCGUCCGUCCGUCUUACCCCGUGGACGGUCUGCCCGCGACCGUCCAGAUAGUGUCUCUGUCCGCGUCGCUAGCCUCAGACCCCAGUGUCAGGGAGCUGGUCCAAUACCCAGGGCCGCUUGUCAAAGGAGUCACCCAUAAGAAGAGCGUGAUAGAAUACUGCGCGAGCCGCGUUCGAAACGCCGGAGGCCGCGGCGACGUCGUCGGCUACGUGUUGCUCUGGCAGCUGUUAGCUUUGUUACUCAAGCAAAAUGGGGUGGUGGUCGGAAUAGACAUCGCAGAGCUUUUGAUGAAGAACAAGCGAGACUAUGAAUUCAAUACUAACGCGAAAACUACGCAACAAGCCGACGGUCGAGGAUCGAGUGUGUCAGAGGAAGACAGCAAAGCAGCACCCGCGACAGACCAAACCCCACCCGAAGAGCCCAAUAUUGCGCGGCAGAGCGGUAUCGACGAAAAAGCCGCUUUGGACCAACUGAGAGAAUAUCUGACUUACGGAAACAGGCAGGAGGCUAUCGAAUGGGCGAUGUCCCACAACCUGUGGGGGCACGCGUUCCAGCUGUGCGCGCACGCGGACCGGCGCACGCGCGCCGCCGUCGCCGCGCGCUUCGUGGCCGGCGUGCCGCGCAACGACCCGCUGCACACGCUCUACCACACGCUGGCCGGCCGACAACCCCCCGACUCUGAGUGGGGUGACUGGCGUGCGCACGCCGCCAUCAUACUAUCUAACACUUCGGCAAAACCAGAGAACGAAACAAGGACGCUUACGCAACUUGGUGACACCCUAAUUUCCCGCGGCCACCUCUACUCCGCCCAGUUCUGCUACAUCUCCGCCCGCGUGCCUUUCUCGCGCCACCCCCUCGCCCCGUUCGCCCCGCCCCCUUCCGUCCCCACCUCCCCUCCCCGCCUCGCCCUACUCCUCGCCGACUCGAGGGCCGACUCGCUGAACCAGCUCGCUACGAACGAGGCGAUCUUCGCCACGGAAAUAUACGAGUACGCGCUCUCGCUGAGUCAGGAUUAUUGUAUCGGGGAAUUGCAGGCGUAUAAAUUCCUUCUGGCGUGCCGUUUAGUGGACGCCGGGGAGUAUGAACGCGCAUUGGCGUAUACGGAGGCGCUGGCGCGGGCUGUGACGCGUACGCCGCGGGACUACCCGCAGCAGCUGGUGGCUCAGCUGUACCAGUUGGCAGACAGGCUCAAAUACCACGACCCGGCACUAAACGAAGAUCCACCCCUAUUAGAAGAGGGUGAACAGAGUGAACCCUCCCCGCGCCACCAGCAAUGGCUCGAUGACGUCGCCGGGGUGGCGCAAGUGUUAGAGGCGGAAGCGGAAGCGUCUAAACAAGCGACGCCCGUGCACCAACCGCCGCCGGUCGAGAUGUACGUGCCGACGCAGUACACGUGGGAGCAGACCCAACAGGCGCAACCACCAGAACUGUACAACGCGCAACCGUUACAAUCGGCGUACCCGGAGCCCUACCAACCGGAGCCCUAUCGACCCGAGGAGCCCUAUUACCCGCGUCAGCAGCCCGCGGAAUACGCGGAUCCGGAGUAUUGGCCGCAAGAACAAUAUCAGUACGAGCCGCCGCGCGUAAGUACCCGCCGCGCCCCCACCGCCCGCGUCCCGCCCCGCACACUACACACCCUCCCCUCGUUUGACGAGUCGCUAGAAAUGAUCGAAUACCAUCGCUCGCCCGGCCUACGCAAACGCAUACACCCUAAGAACAAAACCGUCAAUGUAGGCUUCGAAGCGGGAACGUCGCCCGGUAGGAUGCGCACUAUAUCGCGGGGAAGCACUGACUCUAGCGAGAGCAAAAAGAAACCUCUAUCCGAUUUAGACAUACAGAUAGCGCAUAGCCCGCAACUAGGCGUCUCUGCCAACGAGCCCACUAAGUCGCAAAUGUUCGAAGCGAACAGACGAGGCCGAUACGGCAAAGUCAUAAGCAACACCGUAGACACAUGGGCGCGACAAACAGUCCACAUCCGCGACGGCACGUAUAAACCUCUCAUAUUCGGCGGGACUUAUCCUAUAGAAGUACCCGCUUCACCGCCCGAAGAAAAAGAAAAACCGGUAAAGAAAACCGUACCCGUCGCUGAGGUGAAAGCGACUAUGGACCAAGCGACACACAGGCGAGAAUUGAAGAAGACUAUCGAACGCAGCUUGGACAGAUUCGAAGCGAUACUCGCCAAAAGAGAUCCCGCCAGUAAACGACAGGCGUUUUCGAAACGCGUCGUCAACACGUUCGAUAUAGACGAGCCGGUGAAUGUUGGCGAGACGAGAGACGUGCUGAAAGACAAGGACGCGAGAUACUACGUUUCGGGGCCGAAGACGUUUAACAUUGACGAACCUGUCGCGUUUAUUUUUGAAAACGAUCCAAAACAAUAUCUUCCGGGAGAGAUUGAAAUCAUUCACCUUGCACUCUACACAAACAAAACACGUACUCUAUCGGCGGUCAGACGUUUGCGUUGCGUAUUCUGUGCGUGUGUGGCACAGGCGCCGGCGGACGCGGGCGCGGCAGCGGGGCCGGGAGCGGACGAGGCGGACGAGCCGAGGCCGCAGAUCACGAUGCCCGGGGCGGCCGCGAGCCGGCCGGCGAUGUACGCGGACUACGAGGAUGAUAGACCGCCUAGUGCUGAUACUGACCGCGACACGGACACUCCGAAGCCAGCCAAGAAGUCAGACUCCAAGAAACAGGAGCCACAGAAGAAAUCCGGCUGGCUCGGCGGGAUUUUCACCAAACUCACGCUGCGGUCGCCCAACCAGAUGAUACUGCCUGACGACAAGAAUCCAUCUAUCGUGUGGGACGCCGUGAACAAGCGCUGGCAGAACCUAGACGCCGACGGCGAAGAAACGGCGUCGGCGCCGCCGCCGCCGCCCAAGACCGCCGACAUUCCGGCCAUGCAUGCGUCGUCACCAUUACAAGCGCCGCCCGCGGCCGGCCUGCCGCCCGUCGCGCCCGUUUCCAAUAUUUUCAAAAUGCAAAAGGGUAGACACAUAAAGAAGUCGUACGUGGACGUGUUCAACCCGAGCGGCGCGCCGACGCGGCCCCUGCCGCCGGCCUCCGAGGUGCUCGGCCCCGGGCCCGCGCUUGGCGCCCCGCCGCAGUACAUGCUUCCACAACAGACCUUUGACCCGUCUCAAUCGCAGCCCGAUGACACCUACAACAGUGGCUAUUGAAGCCCGCCGAUCUCCACUAGGCCACAUCUCGCCGCACACGUCUCAUAGCCGACCAAUGACGAACACCGACGUGUAUUCACGUCAUGACGGGUUUUGACGUCAUG